AUGCCAGGUGGAUACAAAGGCGAGUGUGGGGAUGAGGUGGACCCCAUGCCAUUCCUGGCUCCUACAGAAAAGGAGAAGCUGGACGCCAUUAACAAGCCCUACGACAUCAAGAAGUCUUGCUGGGUGAAGGACGACAAAGACGCUUUCGUUGCCGCCGAGAUCCAGUCCGAUGAGGGAGACAAAGUCACCGUCAAGACUGCGAAAAACGCUACGGUCAGCAUAAAGAAAGAUGACAUCCAGCAGAUGAAUCCACCCAAGUUCUAUCAGGCAAACGACAUGGCCAAUCUGACCUUUCUGAACGAGGCCAGCGUGCUGGAGAAUUUGCGCUCCCGAUAUGUGAACAUGAGAAUCUAUACAUACUCGGGCUUGUUCUGUGUGACUGUGAACCCUUACAAGUGGCUCCCAAUUUAUGGAGCCAAGGUGGCCAACCUGUACAAGGGGAAGAAACGCAAUGAAGUUCCUCCUCAUCUCUUCUCCAUCUCUGACAAUGCUUACCAUGACAUGUUGAUGGAGCAAGAAAACCAGUCUAUGCUGAUCACUGGAGAAUCUGGUGCCGGCAAGACUGAAAACACCAAGAAGGUCAUCCAGUACUUUGCAAAUAUGGGGGCCACCGGGGCCAAGCCAGGAGCAGACUCUAAGGGCUCCCUGGAGGAUCAAAUCAUCCAGGCUAAUCCAGUUCUUGAGGCUUUUGGGAAUGCCAAAACCACCAGGAACAACAAUUCCUCUCGAUUUGGUAAAUUCAUCCGAAUCCACUUUGGACCAACAGCAAAGCUGGCUGGUGCUGACAUUGAGAGUUAUUUGUUGGAGAAGUCUCGUGUGAUCUCCCAACAAGCUGCGGAACGUGGCUAUCAUAUCUUCUACCAGCUUCUGUCAGGGAAGAAACCUGAACUGCUAGAGGCACUUCUGUUGGUCAAAGACCCAAAACAGUAUGUGUGGGUCUGUCAAGGGGUCACUGUGGUAGACAACAUGGAUGACGGCGAAGAGCUUAUGCUCACUGAUGUUGCCUUUGAUGUUCUCGGCUUUACUCUUGAGGAAAAAAUGGGCAUCUAUAAGCUGACAGGUGCCAUAAUGCAUUUCGGCAACAUGAAAUUCAAGCAGAAGCCAAGGGAGGAGCAGGCUGACGUUGAUUCCACCGAGGUGGCUGACAAAGUCGCCCACCUCAUGGGGAUCCAAUCUGGCGACCUCCAGAAGGGCAUCACCAGGCCACGAGUCAAAGUUGGGAAUGAGUUUGUGACCAAAGGUCAAAACCAGGACCAAUGUGUCUACUCCAUCGGAGCACUGGCUAAAGCCAUCUACGACAGAAUGUUCAAGUGGAUGGUGCUCCGAAUCAACAGGACCCUGGACACCAAAAUGCAGCGCCAGUUUUUCAUUGGUGUGUUGGACAUUGCAGGAUUUGAGAUCUUUGAGCACAACAGCUUUGAGCAGCUAUGCAUCAACUUCACCAAUGAGAAACUGCAACAGUUUUUCAAUCACCACAUGUUCGUCCUGGAACAGGAAGAGUACAAGAAAGAGGGCAUAGACUGGGUCUUCAUUGAUUUUGGCCUGGAUCUGCAAGCUUGCAUUGAGCUUCUAGAGAAGCCAAUGGGAAUCUUCUCCAUUCUGGAGGAGCAGUGUGUAUUCCCUAAAGCCACUGAUGCCACAUUUAAGGCUGCCCUGUAUGACAAUCAUGCGGGCAAAUCAAGCAACUUCCUCAAGCCAAAAGGGGGGAAGAAGGGUCCUGAGGCUCAUUUCGAGCUGGUGCAUUACGCUGGCACUGUGGGCUACAACAUUGCAGGUUGGCUGGAGAAGAACAAGGACCCUCUGAAUGAAACAGUGGUGGGUCUUUUCCAGAAGUCCUCCAUGCCUCUGCUGGCCAUUCUCUUCAAAGAAGAGGAAGCAGCAGCGGGAGUGAAGAAGCAACAGAAGAAGGGCUCCUCCUUCAUGACUGUGUCCAACUUCUACAGAGAACAACUGAACAAGUUGAUGAGCACACUGCGAAGCACUGCUCCCCAUUUUGUCCGCUGCAUCGUUCCCAACGAGUUCAAACAAUCUGGUGUGUGUGAUAGCUUCCUGAUCUUGCACCAGCUGGCCUGCAACGGUGUCCUUGAGGGAAUUCGUAUUUGCAGAAAAGGCUUCCCGAACAGGCUCCAGUAUCCUGAGUUCAAACAGAGAUACUACAUCCUGAACCCCAACGUAAUCCCAAAGGGAUUUGUUGACAACAAAAAAGCAUCGGAACUAAUUCUAUCCUCAAUUGGUUUGGAUGACAUGGAGUACAGAAUUGGACACACCAAGGUGUUCUUCCGUGCUGGAGUGCUGGCUAAGCUUGAGGACUUGCGUGAUGAACGCCUGGCCAAGAUCAUCACUAUGCUGCAGGGCCGUCUCAGGGGAACCCUCAUGAGAGUUGAAUUCAAGAAGAUGCUUGACAGGAGAAUUGCGCUCAUUGCAAUUCAGCGGAAUGUGAGAAAGUUCCUCCAGCUACGAUACUGGGGUUGGUGGAAACUGUAUACAAAGGUGAAACCUUUGCUACAGGUGGCUCGUCAGGAGGAUGUUAUGAAGGCCAAAGAGGAAGAGCUGCGAGUUGCUCUUGAGAAGACAGACGAGAUGCUGGAGAAGAUCAAAGAUCUUGAAGGGAAACUGGCCACUCUCUCCCAAGAGAAGAAUGACCUGGCUAUGGCACUGGCCGCUGAGCAAGAUAACACCAGUGAUUCAGAGGAACGCUGUGCUCAGCUGAUGAAGCAGAAAGCUUCCAUGGAGGAGCAGAUCCAGGACAUGAAAGAGAGGCUGGAGGAGGAGGAGAGCACUGUCAGCCAACUGAGCGCUCAGAAGCGUAAGGUGGAGACAGAGCUCGUUGACCUCAAACGAGAUCUGGAGGGCCUGGAAUCCACUCUGGCCAAGUCAGAGAAGGAGAGACAUGCUCUGGACAAUAAAGUGCGAGGACUAAGUGGGGAUCUUAGUCAGAGGGAGGACACCAUUGCCAAGCUAAACAAGGAGAGGAAAGCUCUUGAAGAACUUCAGCAGAAAACUCUGGAUGACCUUCAAACUGAGGAGGAUAGAGUCAACAGCCUGACUAAAACCAAUAGCAAGCUCACCGCCGAUGUGCAUGAGCUGGAAGACAACUGGGAACAGGAGAAGAAAAUCCGCGCAGAGGUGGAGAAAGCCCGACGCAAAGCAGAGGGUGAUCUCAAAAUGACCAUUGAGAACCUCAAUGAAAUGGAGCGGGCGAAGAUUGAUCUUGAGGAGGUUAUCAAAAAGAGGGACUUUGAGAUCAACAAUAUGAAUGCUAAACUGGAAGAUGAGCAGUCUCUCAGCACCACUUUACACCGGAAGCUCAAAGAGCACCAGGCUCGUAUUGAGGAGCUUGAAGAGGAGCUUGAGGCUGAGCGGGCCAUAAGAGCCAAGGUAGAGAAACAGCGAAUCGAUCUGUCUCGAGAUCUGGAGGAUCUUGGGGACAGACUGGAGGAAGCUGGAGGAGCAACUGUUGCUCAGAUUGAGCAAAACAGGAGGCGUGAGGGUGAGCUUCUGAAACUGCGAAGGGAACUGGAGGAGGGUUCACUGCAGUCUGAAGCCACCGCUUCAGCUCUCCGCAAGAAACAUUCGGAUUCAAUGGCUGAGCUGGGAGAGCACGUAGAGAAUCUACAGAGGGUUCGCAUCAAGCUGGAGAAGGACAAGCAGGUCAUGAAGGCAGAGAUUGAUGAUCUCAAUGCCUCAAUUGAGGCAGUCCAGAAAGCUAAGAUGAACUCUGAUGGCCAUGUCCGUAAAUUGGAAGACAACCUAGCUGAAGCUAAUGCAAGGCUAGCAAACAUGGAGAAAAACCAGGCAGAGCUGAGUGCCUUCAAGAUCCGUUUGUCAGCGGAGAACAGUGAUCUGAGUCGUGAUCUAGAUGAGUCACAAAGUAAGCUCAACCAGAUCACACGACUGAGGUCAACACUGAUCAACCAAGUUGAUGAGCUCAAGAGGCAACUGGAAGAAGAGUCAAAGGCUCGGAGUGCAGCUGUUGUGGGAUUGGCCAACGCUCGUCAUGACUUGGACCUGCUCAAAGAGCAGCUUGAGGAAGAGCAGGAGGGCAAAUCCGAGAUGCAGCGUCUCAUUUCUAAGCUCAAUGCUGAUGUCACCACUUGGAGGACCAAGUAUGAAACUGAUGCCAUUCAUAAAACAGAGGAGCUAGAAGAAACAAAACGCAAGCUGGCCGUCCGUCUGCAGGAGGCUGAGGAGUCUGCGGAGGGAGCCCAGGCCCGAGCUGCCAGUCUGGAGAAGGUCAAGCAGAGGCUGCAGGGAGAGGUGGAGGAUCUCACCAUCGACCUGGAGAAGUCCAAUGCUGCUGCAGCUGCACUUGACAAGAAGCAGCGCACCUUUGACAAGAUGAUAGCUGAGUGGAGCCAGAAGUGCGAGGAGCUUCAGCUGGAGCUGGACUCAUCCCAGAAGGAGUGUCGCUCCUACAUGACUGAGGUGUACAAGCUCAAGACUGCCUACGAGGAGUCCCUUGAUCAUCUGGAGACUGUGAAGAAGGACAACAAGACCCUCACAGACGAGAUCAAAGAUCUUGUGGACCAGCUUGGUGAAGGUGGGAAGAGUGUCCAUGAGCUGCAGAAGGCCAGAAAGAAACUUGAGGUUGAGAAGGACGAACUGCAGAUGGCCCUGGAGGAGGCAGAAACCGCUCUGGAGGUUGAAGAGGGGAAGCUGGUUCGUGUCCAGCUGGAACUGGCUCAGGUCAAAGCAGAUAUUGAUCGCCGCAUCCAUGAGAAGGAGGAAGAGUUUGAAAUUACAAGGAAGAACCACCAGCGUACUGUGGAAUCCCUUCAAGCCAGCCUGGAGGCAGAGGCCAAAGGUCGUGCCGAGGCUCUGAGGAUGAGAAAGAAAAUGGAGACCGAUCUCAACGAGAUGGAGAUCCAACUGGACCAUGCCAAUAAGAACAACAGUGAGCUGGUCAAAACCCUCAAGAGACUGCAGCAGCAAAUCAAAGAGAUGCAGAUGCAGAUGGAUGAGGACGCCCGUCACCACGAGGAGCUGCGGGAGCAGUACACCCUGCAGGAGCGCCGCCUCAGCUUGCUCCAGAACGAGAUGGAGGAGAUCCGCAGCGGACUGGAGGCCUCCGAGCGUUCCCGCAAAAACAUGGAGCAGGAGUUGAUCGAUGUUUCUGAGCGCCACAAUGAGCUCCAUGUCCAGAACCAAAGUCUGAUUAUCAUAAAGCGCAAAAUGGAAUCUGACAUGACUCGAAUCAUGAAUGAAAACGAGGAACUGAUCAGCGAAUUCCGUGCAGCUGAUGAGAGAGCCAAGAAAGCAAUCACCGAUGCCUCUCGUAUGGCCGAGGAACUCCGCCAAGAGCAUGACCAUGCUGCACAUUUGGAAAAAAUCAAGAAGAACAAUGAGAUCACCAUCAAAGAACUGCUACUUAAGGUGGAGGAAGCAGAGCAGAUUGCCAUGAAGGCCGGAAAAAGGACUAUCCAAAAAUUGGAGAUCAGGAUCCGAGAGGUGGAGAUAGAGCUGGAUGGCGAGCAGAAACGGCAUGUUGAGACUGUGAAGGUCCUGCGUAAGAACGAGCGUCGUCUGAAGGAGCUGGUCUUCCAGACUGAGGAGGACCACAAGACCAAUGAGCGCAUGCAGGAGCUUGUGGAGAAACUCCAGAACAAGCUCAAGUGUUACAAGAGGCAGAUAGAGGAGGCUGAGGAGCAAGCCAAUUCCAGUCUGUCCAAAUACAGGAAGACUGUGCAUGAGCUUGAUGAUGCAGAGGAGAGAGCUGGCAAUGCGGAGAUGGCCCUGAACAAGCUGCGCACCAGGAAUCGUGCUUCAGUAGGAAAGGGCUUCACCUCUGUGGAGGUCGUUCAGGUCACCAAAUCCUCCUCUAAAGGCUCUUCUGAAGAGUAGCCCC